AUGCAGCGCUCUACUUACGAUGCCCAUUCGGGCUCUCGCUCUACAACGCACAGCAAUAGUAGUGCUUUCAGUCCCAACGCAAACCCCAAUGAAGACUGGACCAAGAUCUCCGAUCUAGCAGAGCGUCGUCGCAUUCAGAAUCGAAUCGCGCAAAGAAAUUACCGCAAGAAAUUGAAGCGUCGCUUGGAGGAUCUAGAACGACGAGCUGCAUCAUCCGCCUCACCAGAACAAUCCCACGCCGAACCACCCAAAACCACCCCCAAGACUCGAACAAAGCGAGCGUCCAAAUCCGGAGAAUCAAAAUCCCACCCACAAGGAGACCGGCCAGCCUCAUACGAUUUCUACCACACCCCAGACGAAAGGUCCAUGUUCGGCCAACAAUGUACCCGUCAACUCUCCGCCUCCCCACCACCAGCCUUCUCUUACCCCCCAAUGUCGCAAUAUGACGCCUACCGCCAAACCUACGGGCAAAUCCCCGUGUACCAGACUAUUCCGAGCAGCUACGGGGGUCUGUCAUUCCCGGAAUAUAGCGACGCGAUCCCAUCGGUAGUGCCCAUGGUGCCCACGGCAGCGAUGGGAGCCCCGCGCAAACCGGCCUACGACGAGGAUAUCAUGAGUCCGUUCAGCAUGAGCUACGCCUCCAUGGCGGGCAUCGAACUAUGUGCUCAGCCUUCACAUCCGGAACCGGGUCUUUCGAUGCCUUCGCUUUCUUAUGCCUAUUCGGAUGAUAAGCGCGCGAUAUCCACCUCCCCCGAGGCAUCGGCCUUUUAUCCCUUGACUCCUCAGUCACCACCUUGUUCUCCCCGUUCCAGGCCGGGACUUUUUGAAUAUGAGAUGCGGCGGUGA